AGGGAGAGCAUUAGCAGUUUGGACCUGUGUGUGGAGAGAUGUGCCUUGGUGCACUUCUCUGACACCCUCCGGGGUUUGGGUUUGUCGCUCUCGCCUGCGUUCCACUCUGCUCGGAGGCGCUCUGUGGAUGUACGGACUGGCCUGUCUGUCAGCCUGGAGCUGGGGGACCAUGAGGGGUCUCCUAGCGCUCUCCCUGGGCCUGGUCUACUGGCUCACUCCAGGUCACACCGUGAACCUGGCAGACCUAACCCUGGUGAACCCUGACCCUCUGGUGACAUCAGCAGACUCGUCCCUCCACUGCGUCAGCAGUGACUGGACCCCCAGGACCGCGCCGGGCAUGGGGCGGGACUUCCCCUUCACACACCCCCAGAUCAUGCCUGUCACUCGGGAUACAGCCUAUCACGCCGCCUCCAUGAUCACCUGGAGAACGCGCAGUGACAUCUUUGGAGAAUUUUACUGCAGAGCCCGAAAUGCAGACAGGGGGAAAAUUUACACGUACAAGAUGUUGAAUGAAGCCGCAUUCCUCCCAGAGUCUCUGACCAUCACGGUCAGCGUAGAAGACAACGUCAACAUCUCGUUCGUCCGCAGAAAGGUUUUCGCGGAGGACGCCGUCAUCUACAAGAACGGGUCAUUCAUUCACUCGGUGCCCAAGGAUGAGAUCUCAGACCUGCUCCAGUACCCUGUGUUAGGGGUGACCACUAGUAACGCCGGGCUCUACACGGCAAGAUCCAUCGCUGGAGCCAAAUCCACUUCAGCCAUCACCAGGCUGAUAGUCAGAAAAUGCAAAGCAGGACUCUGGGGCCCAGUCUGUGAGCACCACUGUCCCGAGUGCUCUAAUGGAGGUGUCUGUCACGAUGACACAGGAGAAUGCAUCUGUCCACCUGGCUUCAUGGGGAGGACUUGUGAAUCUGUUUGCGGCGAGGGUAAGUUUGGGAGGACGUGUAAAGAGUGGUGUCGAGACGGUUACUGUCGCUCCAUGGUGUUCUGUCAAAGAGACCCGUAUGGCUGUUCCUGCGCCACUGGCUGGAGAGGAUUCAACUGCAGUGAAGCUUGUCCGCCGCAGUACUAUGGUGCUGGCUGCAAGCUUAGGUGUGAGUGUGGGGUCAAGGGCAAGUGUGACCGCUUCCGGGGGUGCGUGUGCCCGGGGCGACACGGCGCACGCUGCGAACGAAAAGACGAGGCACCUGUUGUGGUCGGCCACUUGAUGAGCACUGAGCUGAAUUCUGGGAUUGAGUACAUUGCCAACUGUACAGCUACAGGUCAGCCAGUGCCUUUGCAUGGGGAGAUCCAUCUUCUGAAACCGGACAAAACCAUCAUAUAUCCGAUCGACACAGACACUGGGGAGGUCCAGACCACCUCCAGUUUUAAGGUGGACAAGAUCACGGUGCGCGACACUGGAAGAUGGAUCUGCCAGGUGAAAACUCAGGCCGGACAGGCAGAGAAGGAAUUCAUGAUUCAUGUAAAAGUGCCUCCCAAGCCGCAGAACCCCCCCAUGUUGAAUGGGAGUGGACCGUAUCAUAUAACCAUGCUGGUCAACAAGGAACCUUUUACUGGGGAUGGACCAGUCACUGCUGUCAAAGUUCUCUACAAGCAAGUCAAUGCAUCCUCAUGGGAGACAGUUAAAGUGAUUGGUCCAGUUGUGAAAAUAGAGAACCUGACCCCCAUGACCCAGUACACCACGUUUGUCCAGUUGAGUCGUCACGGCGCUGGAGGAACAGGCUUCCCAGGCCCUGAGGCCAACUUCUCCACCCAGAUGCUUGACCUGCCUCUCCCCACAGGGGUCAAGCUGGUCCCCGGCAGUCAGACUUCGCUCCACCUCUCCUGGGACGCGGUGGAGGGGCCCGCAAAGGAAGACUGGACUUACCUGGUCAACUGUGUCCAGAUGUCCGAGCCUGGGAACAUCAAGGAGUACCACCCCCCCACCAACUCCACGAGUCUGGAGCUGACUCAAUUGAGGCCCAAACACAAAUAUGAGUGUCGAGUGAGGGUGAUGUCGAUGUCGAUGUCUGUGGGCCGGCAUAGCCUCCCUGUCACUGCGUGGACCCUCAGCAACGAGUUGCCACCGGCCCCGUCCAACAUCAUGAGCUGCAACAUCAGCGACACAUCUGCCAUCAUCACCUGGGCCCUGGCUGAGGGGAACUCCAUCUCCAAGGUGCUGAUAAGGUUCCAGGACACAACGCUAGCAGACUACAGCCAGCUAGCUGAGCUUACCUUGCAGCAGGACCAGGAACUGUCCCAGUUCGAGGCCCAACUCCAGGCCCAAAUCCAACCCCAGGCCACGCAGUUCCAGCUGAGGGGGUUGAGACCAGAUACCCCCUAUCUGGUGGAGGUCUGGUCCAGGAACAACAUGGGAGAGAGUUUAGAGAAACCUCAGAUUUCCAUCAAGACCCUGACGCUGCGGGAGAACUCUCGACUGAGUGGGUUUGGCGGUGAGGGCAGCAUGCUUUUCUUCGCCAUCCUGGGAUCGGCAGGGAUGACCUGCAUCACCAUACUGCUGGCCUUCUGCAUCGUCCUGCAGCUCAAGAGAGCCACCUUUCAAAGGAGGAUGGUGCAGGCUUUCCAGAACAUCGUGAGAGAGGAGCCGGUGGUCCAGUUCAGUUCCGGUUCUCUAAACCUGCCGAAGAAGCCGAAGAACCCGGAACCGACCCUGGCCUACCCGGCGCUGGAGUGGAACGAUAUCAAGUUCCAGGACGUGAUCGGAGAGGGCAACUUUGGUCAGGUGCUCAAAGCUCGCAUCAAGAAGGACGGGCUGAGGAUGGAUGCCGCCAUCAAACGGAUGAAAGAGUACGCCUCCAAAGAUGAUCACAGAGACUUUGCUGGAGAGCUAGAAGUGCUGUGUAAACUUGGCAACCAUCCCAACAUCAUCAACCUACUAGGAGCUUGUGAACACAGAGGCUACCUCUACCUGGCGAUAGAAUAUGCCCCCCACGGCAACCUGCUAGACUUCCUGAGGAAGAGCCGCGUUCUGGAGACGGACCCCGCCUUCGCCAUCGCUAACAGCACCGCCUCGACGCUCUCCUCCCAGCAGCUUCUGCACUUUGCUGCAGACGUGGCCCGGGGCAUGGACUACCUAAGCCAGAAACAGUUCAUUCACAGAGAUCUUGCUGCCAGAAACAUACUUGUUGGAGAAAAUCUUGCGGCCAAAAUAGCAGAUUUUGGUCUUUCCAGGGGACAAGAGGUGUACGUGAAAAAGACCAUGGGCAGAUUGCCUGUCAGAUGGAUGGCAAUAGAAUCACUAAACUACAGCGUUUACACCACCAACAGUGACGUGUGGUCAUUUGGUGUACUGCUCUGGGAGAUAGUCAGUUUAGGAGGUACUCCAUACUGUGGACUGACCUGUGCUGAACUGUAUGAGAAACUUCCUCAGAGCUACCGUCUGGAGAAACCCCUCAACUGUGACGAUGAAGUGUACGACCUGAUGAGGCAGUGCUGGAGGGAGAAGCCCUACGAGAGGCCCUCCUUCGCCCAGAUCCUGGUCUCUCUCAACAGGAUGCUGGAGGAGAGAAAGAUGUAUGUCAACACCACUCUGUAUGAGAAGUUCACCUACGCCGGUAUCGACUGCUCUGCCGAGGAAGCGGGAUGAUCUGGGAGGGCUGUGCCGGAGGACAGGACAGCGCUCCAAGUUGUGGUUAUCACAUACAUGGUUUGAGCAAUCCUUCACAAAGGGAUUGGUGGACUGGCAUGUUGCACAUAUUGUGUACUCCAACUUAAGUGCAGAAGAGAGCACCGUAUUUUCACAUUGCUGUACAUACAAAUGGUGUUUGGUGAUACUGAUUAUGUCGUGAUUGGCUGUUGCUGUUACAGUAUCUCAGAAUUGCUUUCACUGCCUUUUAUAGUACCUGUCAACUGUAAAUACAGAAAUGUAUCAAACCAAUACUAAAAAGGUGUACCUGUAAACUAAUAAAGGUUUUUUGUAAAAUA